AUGGGUAAAUCUCAAAAAGAAGAUAAAAAAUCAACUGAAAAGAAGCAAAAAGAUAUACCAUAAAUAGAAAAGAAUAUCGCUAAAUAGAAGGGUUAAAAUGGAGAGAAAAAAUCUUAAAAUGGUAAAAAAAAAGAGAAAGCUCAAAAAAAAAGCGUAUAAUUUAAUUUAGAGGAUAAUUAGGAGUUUGAAAUAGAGUCUCGUGCUAAAAAAUAAAAGUAGCAAAAUAGUUAAUCAGACGAAAAUAAUGAUUAAAUUAAAACAAAUGCCAUAAAUUCUACUCAAAAUGAAAGAGGUUGGAAUCAAAAAAUUGAUGAAAAGUAAACAGGAAAAUUUACAGAUGAUGAAAUUCAACUAUUAAAAGAAUCUAUGUGCAAAUACGCUUUUGAAAAAGGCUUGGGAGAAAGCGGACUUUUAAAGUUAGUCUCAGAAAAAGCUACAAAAGAAACUUUGGGAGCCUGGACUUAAAUUGCUGAAGUUUUACCUUACAGAAGUGUAUAAAGUUGUCAUAAUUUUUGUAGAAGACGCUUCAACCCUAAUAAUUAUGGAGGAAAGUGGACACCUCAAGAGACUAGCGAGUUAUUAGCUCUUGUAAAAGAGCAUGGAAGAAAGUGGAAGCUUAUCGGUCAAUAACUAGGAAGAACAGAAACUAACGUGAGAGAUAAAUACAAGUCAUUAGGUGAGGAUAAUGCAGAAUAAAGAAAAAUAGAGUAUUGGAAUUUAGAUGAAUUAAUUUAACUUAUUCAGUUAAUAUCUGAACACACUGGAAUAAAGUUGCUUAAAAAUAAGAAAUAAAUGAAGUUGGAGAUUAAAUCAAAUGGUUAAAAAAUUAGUGAAUAGUCAGAAGAAUUUAACUAGAAUCGCUAGAGGGUAAGAGAUAUCUAGCAUGUUGAUCCUAGCGUUAAAUUUAUUCUAAAUUUUAUAAGUUUUAAGAAUUUGAAGGAAUUAGAAAAUCAAUCUAUUCCUUGGACAAAAAUAUCAAAUGAAAUGAAAUAGAGAUCUAAAGAUGACUGUAAAAACAAAUGGACUCAAAGCCUUAUAAAAAUUUUUUAUGAAUAUUCUGGAAAUUUUGAAUAAGAUGACGAAGAAGAUUUGGUUUAACAAAUUUAUGACCAAGAAAUCGAUAGUGAAUCAGAGAUUGAUUUUUCAAAAAUUUAAAAUGGUAAAACUCCUCUUGAAAACAAAAUGAAAUGGAAUAUUUUGAAGAAGAGAGUUACCUCACGCCAAAACGUGACUGUUCCUAAUGUUCUCAAAGAAUUAAUGAGUUAAUUUUCUUCAUCAAAAAGUUAAUCUGUUUCUGAAAACAUUAUAAAUAAUUCAAGUACAGAGCUAAUAAACUAUUUUAAAGUUAAUUAUGAGAAUUGA